UGCGCUAAGGCCGCAGUGCGCGAUCAUGUACCUCAUAGUGCGCAUGCGCAACACAGGCACGACUGACUUGAAGCGCUAACACCGAUUACACCGCACCACAACGAGGUUACAGCUAUUCACAUACAAUGGGGAAGAAGCAAAAAACCAAGGGAGAUGACGGUGCCAAAGACGACGCCGUUGACAUUGACGCGCUUGCGGCUGAGAUCGAGGGAGCGGGAGCGGCCAAGGAGCAGGGCAAAGCCAAGAACAAGAAGAAGAAAGGAAAGAAAGAAUUUAAUGAAGACGACAUCCUUAAGGAACUAGAGGAGCUGUCAUUGGAAACCGAGGGAGGAAAUUCUAAAGAAGCAGCAAAAGAAACAGCAAAGAGAUCAGAUUCAGUAGAGGAUGCUGAGCCUGAGCCUGUCCUGACCAAAGCAGACAAGAAAAAGGCCAAGAAGGGGAAGAAGGCCAACUUGGAUGAGGAUGAGGAGGGUAAUGAAGAUCAGGAUCAAAACAACAUGGAGAACGACCACAGGACGCAAGACAAAAAGACAAUGGCGACUACCGAUCCUCAAGGCCCUGCUUCUGAUUCUGAAGACGAAGGCUCCCGGUCACGUCAGAAACCCAAAAACAAGAAGAAAGGGGGCCGAAAGGGCGCAUCCGACUCGGAGGAUAACGAUGAAGAUAGCGGUGCGAAAAAGGCCAGCGGAGGGGCGGACAACAAAGAUGAAUCGGACGAUGAUUCUCAAGCUACGCGCAAAAAGAAGAAAGGAAAACCCAAAGCCAAACCAGACAGCGAGGAAGAGGAGGAAGACUCGUCCUUUAAGAUGAAGACGGCGGCGCAGAAGAAAGCGGAGAAAAAAGAGAGAGACAGGAAGAAGAAAGAGGAGGAGAGGGCCAAGCUGAAGGCCAAGAAGGAGAAAGAGGAAGAGGCGGCCAAAAAGGAUCCGGGGAACCAAGCUUUAACAGAGAGCAAGAAAGUAGAUGUGGCGGCGUCUGUGGAACAGGAUGCAGCUGAUGUCCAGGAAGAAGAGGAAGCCGAUGGUGACAAGAAGAAAAAGGACAAGAAGAAAAAGAAAGGAGAGAAAGAGAAAGAGGAGAAGAAAAAGGGGCCGAGCAAAGCCGCAGUGAGCGCCAUGCGGGAGGCUCUGGCCAAAAUGAAGGAGGAGGAGGAGCGAGCCAAACGGGAAGAGGAGGAGAGACAGAGGCGACUGGAGGAGCUGGAGGCCCAGAGGCUGGAGCAGGAGCGUCUGGAGGCUGAGAGGAAAGAGAAGAAGAAACAGAAGGAUAAAGAACGAAAAGAGAGGCUGAAGAAGGAAGGAAAACUGCUAACAAAGACUCAGAAAGAAGCUCGAGCCCGAGCAGAAGCCACGCUGCGAGCACUGCAGGCUCAGGGUGUUGAAGUGCCAUCCAAAGAUGCAAUGCCAAAGAAGAAGCCCGUUUACUCCGAUAAGAGAAAAAAGAAGCCAACAGCACAAACCCCUGAAGAAACUUCAGAGGUGACAUCACCCCUACCAGAGACACCUCAGCCAAUCACAGCAGAGAUGGAAGUGGACCAACCUAAAGUGGAGCCAGCAGUGAAGGAGCCAAAGGAGGAGAAGGAGGCAGCUGAUUUGGAUGACUGGGAGGCGAUGGCCAGUGAUGAGGAAAAAGCGAUGAAGAAGGUUCACAUUGAAGUUAAGGAAACCACAACUCCUACUCAGAAACCUGCUGAAGAUCAAGAGAACGGCAGUGAGGAAGAGGAUGAUGAAGAAGAGGAGAAUGAAGAUGACGAGGAAGACGACGAAGGAGAGGAGGAAAGCGAUGAUGAGGAGGAGAAAGAGAGCGGUAACAAGACGACACCGAACAAGGCCAGAAAAGAGCCGAGCUCAGAGUCGAGCAGCGAGAGCGAUUCCGAUGACGAUCGAACUAAAGAAGAGCGACUUUACGACAAGGCCAAAAGACGCAUAGAGAAACGAAGGCAGGAGAACCUGAAGAACAUUAACUUGGAUAAGCUCAGAUCUCCUGUAGUUUGUGUUCUGGGCCAUGUGGACACAGGAAAAACUAAAAUCCUGGAUAAGCUGAGGCACACACAUGUCCAAGAUGGUGAGGCUGGUGGUAUCACACAGCAGAUUGGAGCCACAAACGUUCCACUGGAAACCAUAAUGGAACAGACCAAGAUGGUUAAAAACUUUGAUAAGGAGAACGUGAAGAUUCCUGGAAUGCUCAUUAUUGACACUCCCGGACACGAGUCCUUCAGUAACUUGAGGAACAGAGGAAGUUCUCUGUGUGACAUUGCCAUCCUGGUAGUGGACAUCAUGCAUGGUCUAGAGCCACAGACGCUGGAGUCCAUCAAUCUGCUGAAGGAGAAGAAAUGUCCUUUUAUUGUAGCCCUUAACAAGAUUGAUCGUCUGUAUGACUGGAAGAAAGGUCCGGAAACAGACGUGGUGACCACGCUAAAGAAACAGAAGAAGAACACUAAGGAUGAGUUUGAUGAGAGGGCCAAAUCCAUCAUCGUUGAGUUUGCUCAGCAGGGUCUCAACGCCGCCUUGUUUUAUGAGAAUAAAGAUCCACGUACGUUUGUGUCCCUGGUUCCCACUUCAGCCCACUCGGGUGAUGGGAUGGGGAACCUCAUUGCCCUGCUGGUUGAGCUCACUCAGACCAUGCUGGCCCGCAGAUUGGCCCAUUGUGAUGAACUCCGGGCCCAGGUCAUGGAGGUCAAAGCUCUGCCCGGCAUGGGCACGACGAUAGAUGUCAUAUUGAUCAACGGCUGUCUGCGGGAAGGGGAGACUAUUAUAGUUCCUGGUGUGGAUGGACCAAUCGUCACUCAGAUCAGAGGAUUGCUCCUCCCACCACCACUCAAAGAGCUCAGAGUGAAGAAUCAGUACGAAAAGCAUAAGGAGGUGUCCACGGCUCAGGGAGUUAAGAUCCUGGGGAAAGAUCUGGAGAAAACACUGGCAGGUCUGCCCCUCCUCGUCGCCCAUAAAGAAGAUGAAGUACCAGUGCUGAGGGACGAGUUAAUCCGCGAGCUGAAACAGACUCUGAACUCCAUCAAGCUGGAGGAGAAGGGUGUGUACGUGCAGGCAUCCACCCUCGGUUCCUUGGAGGCGCUGCUGGAGUUUUUGCGUUCAUCUAAAGUGCCUUACGCUGGCAUCAACAUUGGUCCUGUCCACAAGAAAGAUGUAAUGAAAGCGUCCACUAUGCUGGAGCACGAUCCACAGUAUGCAGUGAUCCUGGCGUUCGAUGUAAAAAUAGAAAGAGAUUCUCAGGAGAUGGCUGACAGUCUUGGUGUGCGCAUUUUCAGCGCUGAGAUCAUCUACCAUCUGUUUGACGCCUUUACAAAGUACAGAGAAGACUACAAGAAACAGAAGCAAGAUGAAUUCAAGCACAUAGCCGUGUUCCCAUGUAAGCUGCGUAUAUUGCCCCAGUUCAUCUUUAACUCCAGAGAUCCCAUUGUCAUGGGCAUCAAUGUGGAUGCUGGAGUACUAAGAACAGGCACUCCACUGUGUGUACCCAGCAAAGGGUUUGUAGAUAUUGGAAUAGUGACCAGCAUUGAAAUAAAUCACAAGUCUGUCGAGAGCGCCAAGAAAGGACAGGAGAUCUGCGUGAAAAUAGAGCCAAUUCCUGGAGAAUCACCCAAGAUGUACGGCCGACACUUUGAAGCUACCGAUAUCAUCGUGAGCAAGAUCACCCGUCAGUCAAUCGACGCUCUGAAGAACUGGUUCAGGGAUGAGAUGCAAAAAUCAGACUGGCAAUUAAUCAUGGAACUAAAGAAAACAUUUGAAAUCAUCUGAACGCAGCGGCGACAGAUACUGAUAUCAGAUCUCAAAUGACCCCCCCACGCACAUACAAACACUAUACGCCACACUCUCCUGAAGAUCACCUUUGAUCGUGGAGUCAUCAGUGUUGCUCAUACAUCUCAAGACCAUUUUACAGACAGACACAACCUUGUGCAAUCCUGUAUCGAGGACUGUUUUUCGUGUGCGUCCAGGGGUGAAUACUCAACUCCGCCCCCUUUUUCCCUUCAACUCUUAUUUUGAGUGAGGGAGUGUUGGUGGAGAUAAAAAAAGAAAAAUGGAAAAAAGAGAAAAAAAAUGUUUUUCUGUGAGAAACUGAAUACUUAUUCCACUGUUUUAAACAGUGACAAAUGUUAGAAAAUCCUAGACAACCUUUACAACUAUUCCAAACGUGCCUGUUUGUUCUUUCUGAUCAGUCAAGUUUUUUCAUUUCAUCAAUUCAACCUGUAAGAUUAGAUGAACUUCUGAUUUGGGCCUAAAGUCUGGUCUUCGAUUUAAGCUUUGGUUUAAAUCGAAGGGUACGAAGUGCCGCCAGUGUGCGAUACGCAUGACUGCUCAGAUGCUGAGAUUUCACCAUGAUUUUAGAUUAUUACCUUGUCAGUAUUUUCAUAUGCCUUUUUUUUCUUUUCUUUUUUUAAGUAGACCCAACCUUAACCUCUCAGCCAGACUCUCUUUCUCAAAGUUUUUUUGUGCCCUUCGCCCAGAGUUAGUAAAAGUCAUUCUUGACUCAUUUUCGAUCUGAAAUGUCAAAGAAAUUGGUUAAUGAAAAUCAAAUACAAUAAAGAGAUGGCCUAUUUAUAAACACUGUUCUGAAAGGUUUUUAUUUUAAUUUUGGUAAUAAUAUAAAAACGCUUGGGUGAAUCAUAUAGAAAAAUGUUAUGGAUCAUUUGUUUGCAUUGAAUUGUGCAUUAUCAUUGCGUAGUUAAAAUUUUUGGGAAAACACACUUGAAGGGAUAGUUCACCCAAAAAUGAAAAUCUGUUACUCACCCUCAUAUUGCUUUAAAUCUGUAAAAAAUAUCUUAGUUCUGCUAAACACAAAGGAAAAUAUUUUAAUUCAAACAGGAGCACCAUUGACGACUUCCAUAGUAGGAAAAAAUACUAUGGAAGUCAAUGGUGCUCCAAAACUGUUUGAUUAUAAACUUUGCUCAAAAUAUCUUAAUUUGUGUUGAGGAGAGCGAAUAAAUUAUACAUGUUUAUACAGGUACACUUAAGUUAGAGUAAAUUGACUAAAUUUUCAUUUUUUUUAAAUUCCAAAAAUGUGUAAUGGUCUCAGAAUGGGACAAAUUAUUAAUGCAGAAUAUAUACUUUUAUUAUUAUAGGCUUAAAUAUCUCUUAGACAUGUCUUUACUUCUCUGUUCUAUUAAAUAAGAUCUACAGCAAUGUUUUACACAUGUCCUUCAUGCUUUUCAAGGCAGGGAUUAAACUUUUCUCUGGAAAAUUUUUUGGGAACAUGGUUUUAUGUUAAUUUUGAAAGUGGCAGUAAUAAAUCACCGGUAAUGAAAUUAAAAGUUCUU